UUGGAAGAGGAGUUCGACCCACCUGAUGAUCCUUGGCUCAAUCCGCUCCACAUUACUUACCACAUUAAUCUACCUCUGACAUUAAACCCAUCUGCGCGCGUGCGUUUUAUAUUUCUCAGCAACCGCUUUUUGUAACUUCUAGUGAAUAUUUUAACGGAAUAUUAAAGGAGUCUUACGGUCAUUAUCAGUCCUAAAUUGCACUAUAUCGUCUUUCCCUUUUUUAUUUUUUUGCACUUGAGCAUUUUUUGUGAGGAUGCAUACCACCCAAAAGGACACCACUUAUACCAAGAUAUUUGUCGGUGGUCUUCCGUAUCAUACGACGGAUUCCAGUCUAAGGAAAUAUUUUGAAGUGUUUGGCGAAAUAGAAGAAGCGGUGGUGAUUACCGACAGACAGACUGGAAAGUCCAGGGGUUAUGGAUUUGUGACUAUGGCAGACCGCUCUGCUGCAGACAGAGCCUGUAAGGACCCCAACCCCAUAAUCGACGGCAGGAAAGCCAACGUUAACCUGGCUUAUCUCGGAGCCAAGCCACGGGUGAUGCAGCCAGGUUUUACCUUCGGUGUUCCUCAGAUUCACCCUGCUUUCAUCCAAAGACCAUAUGGGAUCCCCACUCACUACGUGUACCCGCAGGCCUUCAUGCAGCCCAGCAUGGUCAUCCCUCACAUCCAGCCAGCGGCGACCUCCACCACCGCGUCCUCACCUUACAUCGACUACACAGGUGCAGCCUACGCACAGUACGCCAGUGCCGCAACCGCUGCGGCUGCCGCAGCCUAUGAGCAGUACCCAUACGCUGCCUCUCCUGCCGCAACCGGCUACGUAGCUACCGCCGGCUAUGGCUACGCCAUGCAGCAGCCACUGGCCACCGCCGCGCCAGGGUCUGCAGCUGCGGCCUUCGGUCAAUACCAGCCCCAGCAGCUGCAAGCCGAACGGAUGCAAUAGCAACCAAAGAGACGGACGGGAGACGCGCAGGGAAUCGACGCCCAGCGACUGCUACUAGAUGAUGAAGAGGAUGGUGAUGAAAAUAGUUGCUGGUUGUGGGUUGAUUGCAAGAGGAGGAAGAUGAGGAGCAUACGGGAAGGGGAUAGUAAUUGAUAGAAAGAUUAUUAGUGAGAUGGGAACUCCAUUGCUUUCCAACUUGCUGUGAUUUAAAGAAAAAAAGAAAAAAAACAAACAAACAAAAAUAAGAUCGCAGAAAAGGACGGAAUCUAGCUUUUUACUAUUAUCAUUAUCAUUAUUGUUAUGUUAUCUUUAUUACUAUAAUUAAUAUUAGAGUAGGAUAUUUAUUGCGAAAAGAGGUAUGCAGCGACUAAUCGCUGUGGUAUAGGUGCGUUGUAGACGAAACCUUAAGUCCCGAUGCUGUCAUUUAAUGUAGGCGACCGUUUUUCCGAAGGACUCUUUGAAAUGUCCCACAUUGUUUUGAUUCUAGGGCCCCUUACCUUUUUAUUUAUUCUAAUUUUUGAGGGCUCUUUUUGUUCUGUUUUCUUCUCAAGUGCAUUUUUUUUGAUCAUCAGGGAAAUGGAGCAUUUUUCAGCGAUCUAGAAACGACACACUCUGCCAAUCAGGGAUAGUAGACCUAAAUGUGGCGAAAUGGAGAAAGAUCCAGUGUUAGCAUGUUUUAUGUGUUGUGAACUACCUUUUUAUCUAUCUGAUGCUGAAUGUCCCCCCUUUCUCUGACUCCUGUAUUGACCUCCUGACCUAUGCAAAGCAAACAGGCCGCUAGGGGACAAAACAAAGUGCAGGAACGGGAGAGAUUUUCUUUUGGUCCCCCACAAUGGGCAUCGAACAAUUUGAAGGCACUCUCGAAAAGACAAAAAGACUGAGACGUAUUGUAUUAUAUGCUUACAAAACACACGGACUAACAUGUACACCGUUACACAAAAAUGUAAGUGUUAAUGUCUGUCUGUCUGUGGGCGAGGGAGGACCCAAACACAUACACAAAGAUGACUACGUAGGGGAAAAAGCAUGGGGCAUUGCUCAGUACUAGUACUAGAAUCAGGGAGCAAUUGCUGUGUUGGAAGGAACAGGCACUGAUAUACACACACACAGUCGGAUUGCUCUGGAAAGAUCACUGGUGCUCGUUUAUUGAGCUGUCACAGUUUCAUCCCUGGACUCCGGUCCUGCUCUGGGUCUGUCAACUCUUCUUAUCCUCCUAGAGAGGGUCCAGAAGCUUGAGGACAGACCUGUGCAUCCUCCCGAUAUCAGCGACGGAUCUUUAUCUGGAACACGACGAGGAUCCGCGAUAAGGGAGGGGGGGUUCCUGCAAGCUUUUUACCCUAUACCAAUGAACCGCUAUCGGCCUGGUCUUUAUAUGUUCACUAAGAAAUAUGUCUGAGCACCAGCACAGGUAAUAAGGUCUAUGUAUUUCAAUGAGCAACUCUUUACAGAACAGCACUAUAGUGAAAGGAUCCGAAUCCGUGCGUACGAGGGUUCUUUGUGUGCCUUACAUUUGUAAUGCUAUUUAAAGACAUCUGCUAUUUAAGAUAUUUAUUUUGAGUUGACUUAUGUUGUGCUCUAAGAUCACUGACUUGGAAGCGGUACUGUAUGGAUAUAAUGUAUUCAUCUCAUGGCAUAUUAUUAUAAGUUAUUGAGUAGGCUUAGUUGUAGUAUUAUUAACAUACUCAACCAAAAAUGUUGGUGUAGGACUUAAGAUACAAUUCUGUAUGUGCACUGUACAAUUCUUUUUUUUUUUUCUUUUCUUUAUACAUUUGGAAUUUUAGAACACGACAUUAAAUAUCAGCUAGUGUAAUGCCUAUCGUAUGACAUUUAUUUUAUUGCAGGCCUGUUGUUUCGGGCAUGCAUCUCCAUUUGUCAUAUCCAGAACUGUUUAAAAGACUUGGCGAAAGGACAAAAAAAAAAAGAUUUGGCGAAACCUAAGGGACAUGCUGCUUCAUACACUAGAAUGUAUUGUCAGUGUCGAGGAUGGAUGCUGUGCUUCUAUUGCUUUAAAUAUGCAUCAAAUGGGCUAUUUUACACUGUUGAGAAUUUUUAUACUUGAACUCUUUCUUACAAGGGAAAAUAUGAAAAAAGAAGAAUAACACA